AUGGCCAGCGAUCCCAUCAUAGCUUUCGAUUAUGAUAUGUCACCCUAUGGCUACAAGACUAGAACCUUACUGGCUUCCAGCAAGAUGCCAUUUCAGCGCAGCCUUCAGCCCAUAGUGAUCCCUCGGCCGAUUUUGGAAAGCCUCUCAAUUACGUAUCGCCGCGUCCCGCUCCUUGCUAUCGGGAAAGACAUCUACUGCGAUAGCUCGCUCAUCAUAUCUACCCUCCAGGAGAAAUUCGAUAUCCUCCCGACCUCGCCUGCAGACAAAGCAUACGAAGCUUUUGGCAUCGCCCUUUUCGACAGCGUCCUCAAAGUCAUACCUUCUGCGAUGCUAACACCAGAUGCCAUCAAAGACCGCAUCACCAUCUUUCAGAUACUCAAGCAUCCGGAUUAUGCUUCGCUAAGACCAAGUGGGUUGGCGGAAGUUCGAGCCAAGUUCCACAUCAUCGAGACUGAAUUCCUCGCCGGUCCGGGACAAUACAUAGACGGGGACUCGUUCACGCUUGCUGAUCUACACGUUGGAUUCGCGAUGGAAUUCGCGCUGAAAGUGCAGGGUCUGAUUAACGAAGCCGGUUUCAGUGAGAAUGAUUUUCCACGGAUAUAUGAAUGGAUCUCCAAAUGGCCAAAGGCGGAGUUCACGGAGGUUGACCCAGAACAGGUGCACAAGACGAUUAAGAGUGCGAAUUACUCAGCGCAAGAAAUAGGUGUGGAUUCGACGGACCUGAUUGGUAUUGCGGAGGGGACUGAGAUCACGGUGGAAAGCGCUGAUGCGGACCCUGGUGCACAUCCACAAAAGGGGGAAUUGGUUGGACUUAAUGGAAGAGAGGCGGUAUUACAGUUGGAAAGUGGUGUGAGGCUACAUUUUCCAAGGGUAGGGUAUGUGAUGAAGGAGGCUAAGACUCAAUAA